CCGGCCAGUCCGCGCGAGUCCCGCAGCCGCCCGCCACCCGCACCGAGCAUGAGGGAGAUCGUGCACAUCCAGGCCGGCCAGUGCGGCAACCAGAUCGGGGCCAAGUUCUGGGAGGUCAUCAGCGAUGAGCACGGCAUAGACCCCAGUGGCAACUAUGUGGGGGACUCGGACCUGCAGCUGGAGCGCAUCAGCGUCUACUACAACGAGGCCUCUUCUCACAAGUAUGUGCCUCGGGCCAUCCUGGUGGACCUGGAGCCCGGAACCAUGGACAGCGUCCGGUCUGGGGCCUUUGGGCACCUCUUCAGGCCUGACAACUUCAUUUUUGGUCAGAGUGGGGCCGGCAACAACUGGGCCAAGGGCCACUACACGGAGGGCGCCGAGCUGGUGGACUCGGUCCUGGACGUGGUGCGGAAGGAGUGUGAGAAUUGCGACUGUCUGCAGGGCUUCCAGCUGACCCACUCACUGGGCGGGGGCACGGGAUCCGGGAUGGGCACACUGCUCAUCAGCAAGGUGCGUGAGGAGUACCCCGACCGCAUCAUGAACACCUUCAGCGUGGUACCCUCACCCAAGGUGUCGGACACAGUGGUCGAGCCCUACAACGCCACGCUGUCCAUCCACCAGCUGGUGGAGAACACGGACGAGACCUACUGCAUUGACAACGAGGCCCUCUACGACAUCUGCUUCCGCACCCUCAAGCUGGCCACGCCCACCUACGGGGACCUCAACCACCUGGUGUCGGCCACCAUGAGCGGGGUCACCACUUCCCUCCGCUUCCCUGGCCAGCUCAAUGCUGACCUCCGCAAGCUGGCCGUGAACAUGGUACCCUUCCCCCGCCUGCACUUCUUCAUGCCCGGCUUCGCCCCACUCACCGCCCGGGGCAGCCAGCAGUACCGGGCCCUGACGGUGCCCGAGCUCACCCAACAGAUGUUUGAUGCCAAGAACAUGAUGGCUGCCUGCGACCCCCGCCACGGCCGCUACCUGACCGUGGCCACUGUCUUCCGUGGGCGCAUGUCCAUGAAGGAGGUGGACGAGCAGAUGCUGGCCAUCCAGAGCAAGAACAGCAGCUACUUCGUGGAGUGGAUCCCCAACAAUGUGAAGGUGGCCGUGUGCGACAUCCCACCCCGCGGGCUCAAGAUGUCCUCCACCUUCAUCGGCAACAGCACGGCCAUCCAGGAGCUGUUCAAGCGCAUCUCGGAGCAGUUCACGGCCAUGUUCCGGCGCAAGGCCUUCCUGCACUGGUACACGGGCGAGGGCAUGGACGAGAUGGAGUUCACCGAGGCCGAGAGCAACAUGAACGACCUGGUGUCCGAGUACCAGCAGUACCAGGACGCCACGGCCGAGGAGGAGGGCGAGAUGUAUGAAGACGAUGAGGAGGAAUCCGAGGCCCAGGGCCCCAAGUGAAGCAGCUGGAGGGGUGUGGCCAGGGCCAAGAGGUCUGUCCCCCAGAGCCAUGGAGCCACUGACACCGCCCCCUGCCUUGCCCCCACCAGCUCCAGUCACAUCACCCUGGGCUCCCGAGUGUUGUCCUCUGGUGUUCACGGCAUCCCCACCCCACGGGAGUCCACCUGGCUCUGUCGUCCCAUCAUCUCUGUUUUUGUGUCUCUCAUUUGUCUCUCUGCUUUAUUGUCAACUCCAGGCCUGAUGUUUUACGGUUUGUUUUGUUUUUUUACUAUUUGUGUUUAUAUUUUGUGGGGAUACUUAAUAAAUUUAUUGCUGUCAGAUA